AUUCAUCCUCACUCCUUUGGUACGGUGUGCUGGGUACUCAUCACUUUGCCAUGAUGAAACGAAUUGAUUAAUAUCAUAACACACGGGUAUUCAUGGCCCGAGAACAAUCCGAAGAAGCCCAGUGGUGGUUUCAAGCAGUCUAUGAGGCAAUCCAGCAGAUUCCCCGUGGCAAAUGUACGUCUUAUGGACAUAUUGCCUUGUUAUUAGGAUAUCCUCGACGCGCACGCCAGGUCGGAGUGUGUCUCAAACAUCUCCCGACUUAUGACCCCAGUGAUCCGGACAAGUUCUUCUUUCAUAAUAACAACGUCCCUUGGCAGCGGGUGGUUAAUUCCAAGGGUGGAAUCAGUUCACGAGGAGACGAUGGACUAGGGGCGAAUCGGCAAGCUGAAAGAUUGAGACAAGAAGGAGUCGAAGUUCAAGAGGCAAGAGGGAUUGAGGAGCUGCACAUUGACUUUGGGCGGUUUGGCUGGUUUCCCAAUCGACUACCUAAUGACUCCAGUGACGAUGAGAUCAAGGAAGAGGAUGAGUCAUAGGUGCUCAGCAAUUACGAGGAGUCAUUUACUAUGGGUGUUGAUGCAUAUGGUGCCUGGCGUGAUCAAGCCAACUGUAGGUGUUGCUUGAGAAGGGUUAUUGAGUGGUCAAUGUGGGCUGGACAUGGUAUGGGUUGAGGGAAAGCACUGGGACAAGAGACGGGCAUAGAAGACACAACCUGGCAACAGCAACAGUCUCUCUCCGGUCUAGAGUACCUGAAUUCCUCCUAACCUGGACUGCCUACAGCCAUGGAAAUGAAUGAACUAUUUCACUAAGAAAUUGCAAGGGCUAAGCUAUCUCAAUGGACUGUCCAACACGACCGACUUUCCAG